AUGGGCACCGAUUCUGCCCUUUCGCAGUCGCAAUCAUGCGACACCACCGAACCUCCCACCGACGAGAGUUCGUUCAGAUUCACUCCUAUCAAGGCCCUCCGCUCACUCCCCCGGCUGUGGGAGCGCAAACCCGCAACCCCGUUCCGGACUGGUCUCAAGCGAAAGCUGUGGAAGCGCUUCCAGUCCUCUUUCUCCAACAUGCAGACUCUCGAGUCGUCGACCUCGUUGGACCACGACGCGUUGGAGACGGCGAUCAACGCAUCCAAGGAUGCGGCGUAUGCGCGUGGUGUGAAACGUCUGUGUGUUGGGGCUGGUGAAUCUGCCAGUCACGCCGAGUCGGAAGUACCGCAACCUGGACGCUCUUUUCUGGAAACAAAAUGGGAGUCAGAAGCAUCGCGGAAACGACGCAAAUUGCCCGAUGCGCCCUUUGAUGUUUACGAUGAAAGCUUGCCAAAGGCGUUGGGACAACCAACCACGGGAAAGCCUACUGAAAAGGAUCUUCAUUACGACCUGGAUGUUGACGGAGACCUCGCCAUGACUACUGAAUCACCCAUUCUCUUCAAGGCACCUUGGAGUCCUCCAAAAACAGCCGUCUUCCAGGCCACUAUUACUACUGAGAAUCUGAGUUCCCUCGCUUGUGACGACAGGGCGGUUGAGCAGCUUGAGUCUGCGCCGGCAGACCAAGAACAGUGCGAAAUCAUCGACGCAGGGCAGGGUGGAAAUGGCAAUAUGGCCGCAACCCCUACGAAGAUCAUGCGGAAUCUGACUACGGCACAAGAGGGGACGCUCGUGCGAUCGGCGUUGCGCAGCUCGUUGGACGGAGAGGACGCAGAGCUUCUGAAUGACUUUUUGUCCAAGGCCAAGGCCAAACGGGCAGCCAAAGCCGCCCUCGUUCGCUCUCAAGAGUCUGACGCCGCUGAGAAGUCAUCCAGUCCGGAGGCAUUAUCAGAUGCCGAGUGCGCGACCCCCCGGUCACGUCGGGCUCUUGAGGAUCUGGAUGCCAAUUCACCCUCCCCGGUUAAAGUUCAAAUCUCACCCUCCAAGGGGGAUUUUAUUCCCGGUGACGAAUCUCGCGAGGACACCACUAGCAAGGACAGUCAAGAUGAAGAGCCCGCCCCUGCAAGCCCUGCCUGUCGACGAAGCACCCGCGUCAAAGCUCCUCCCGCCAAUGCUCCCGCCGUGCGCAACACCAUCUCCCUGCGCCGGGCCAAGGGCACGGAGUUUGUGUUCCUCCAGCGCACUGAGGCCCAAGAGCUCUCAUUGGUUACCAGACGUAACACCAAGCACAACAAGGGCAGCUCCAUGAUGCCCAAAUACGCUCUCCAGGCCAUGGCCCAGGAAGACUCCUUGACGACCGAUAGUGACCGUCCGAGCCAGGGCCAAAGUCAGGGCCGGUCAGACCGCAAGGCAUCCAGCAAUCGCAAGGCUACAUCUCCAUCGCGCAAGAGCGUCACCUGGAACGAGGAGCGGAUGGUCGCGUACGAAGGUGACCUCCCGACUCCAGCAUCUUCCGACGCCGACGCCGAGACAGACGACACCAGCAAACAUGAUGUAGGCAGAGGCUCAUCGCGUGCACGCUCCGGAGCCAAGCGUUCCGAGAAGAAACCAUCCACCAGUCACCGCAGCUCCCGCCAGAUGCAGCAGCAGGCGGACGGCGAGGUAGGCCCGAGCGCGCCGACGAGCGCAGCCGCAGUGCCGGCAUCGACCCCGAAAUCGCGGCGGGUGCGGCGCCUGGGCGACUCCACCAUGACCUCGGGGACGCCCAUGAAGACGGGCAGCGGGCGCGUCAGCAAAGGGCCCGUGUCGGCGUCCUCGGUGGUUCCCACUGCGGCGGCCGGCCCUUCGACGCCUACUAAGCCACGCCGCAAGCUGAUUCCCAAGUCGCCGAGCUCGUCGCUGCUGUCAGCGCCGGUGUCCAAGGCGAACGACGGGAGUGAGCAGCCUUUUGUGAGUGGGAUUCCGACGCGAAGUGCGGGGGGCCCGGAGGGGACGAAGCGGACGAGUAUGCUGGCGGCCAGCGCCGGGUGCACGCCCAUGCCUCGGCGGGUGCGGGCGCGGACAUAA